CCAGAACACCACGCAGCAACAAGCCACAAUGAGCGCAGCACUCUUCAUCCGCGACCACACCACCCAUGACACCACCUUCUCUAGUCACGAAGAAUGCUCAAUCUGCCUCGACAACUACACAACCGAAAAAUGCCUCCGCAUUACCAACAUCCCCCAUUGCAACCACUACAUAGGUGCCAACUGCCUUGACCGGAUGCUUCGCAGGAACCCUCACGAAGAGAAGAAAUGUCCUCUGUGUCGCACCAUCUGGAUCCCCGCACGCGCUCUUCCUUUCCCUCCACGGAACCAGAGUCUAGGUACCUCACGGCGCAUGGCAAACAUGUUCGUAGGCCUCGAUGGUAUCGGCGCAGAUAUCGCCGGUAACCAGUUGGUCGGCCCUGGAGCUUUGUCGCUUUUACCCUUCGAUACACCCUCAUCACCGACAUUUACACCAUCAUCACCGGCAUUCACACCCACAUCUCCGACAUUCCCGACGUCCCCGACAUUAACGCCCUCAACACCACCACCCCAAAGCAGCCCAGCCUUAGAUGGGCUCUUCGAGCCCGAGGCAGCGACUGCUCAAGCUCAGAACCAGCAGCUUAACCCCAUCGUCAUCGACUCCGAUCCCGAUUCCGACGCAGACUACAAAGUCCAGUUCCAGAACUACGAGAACUACAGACGUGAGAUCGCUGAUAUACGGAGUCGAGCAAGAGACACGCGGGGGUUGAAGAGUAGUAGAAAGAAGAGGCGUGCUGCUGCUGCUGAGAGGGAGAGUGUUAACGCUAGUAAUGAGAGAAACGGUGAAGGUGCGGAUUCGAGUGGUAACAGUAACAGCGAGAAUGCUACUGCGACUGCGACUGGUGGGACUGGUACGACCGGAUCAGGCGCAUUGAAUCGUCUCCUGAACAACUGCGCGAGGAACCCUUUUCGGCCUGCCGAGUACACCGCUACUGCUACCGCAACCGCAGCAUCCCCUGCUCCCACGAGCGAAGUGAAGUUCGAGCAACCCGCCUCGCGAACUGCUAAUCACGCGAGCGCCCGUCCAGCCCCAACGCCAUACAUACAGAACCCGAGUCCAAACACCCCAGACACGCCGGUAGAUGUAGACCUUACAGCAGAUGAGCUCAUCGAACUCCCGGCUAUUCAGUCAGUUUCUGCGCGCGAAGCAGUUCGCAGUCGGCAGCUCGAUCAUCGCGAAGCUUCCCUGUCACGACGCGAAAAAGUCCUGAUUACGCGGCAACUCGCGCUGGCGAGACACGAGGAAGCGACUCAGACGCAGGAGAGGAGGGUAAAUGAGAUAUUUCUGAUGUUGAGGAGGCAGAGAGAGGAGCUGGAGGAGAUGACCGAGAGAUAUAGGGAGGAGCAUGAUCAGCUUCUGGACCGAGACUAUUGA